AAGCAAAAACUCUUUCCUUCAUAUAUACAAGAACCCCCUUUUCAUUUCCCUCUGUGCAACAAAACAAAAAGGGAACUUCUCUUAUCCGAUUCUGAAGCAGAAAACUAGCUACAGAAUCUUCAGAUUCUCAAGAAACCAAGAGAGUCUUUUUAGACAGAAUCAUCAAAGAUUUUACUUUUUAGCCUCAGAUCUGCCACUGUUGAAGCAAACACAGUCCUGAGGUAUCUAUCACAACUAUGAUUAACGUUAUGAAUCCGAUGAGAAGCGGAUCAGAGAAAGGCUUAGAUCCUCAACUAUGGCAUGCAUGUGCUGGUGGCAUGGUUCGUAUGCCACCUAUGAACUCCAAAGUCUUCUACUUCCCUCAAGGCCACGCCGAGAACGCUUACGAUCGUGUCGAUUUCAAGAACCUCCCUCUCCCUCCGAUGAUUCUAUGCCGUGUCUUGGCCAUCAAGUACAUGGCCGACCCCGAAUCCGACGAGGUUUUCGCCAAACUGAGACUGAUUCCUCUAAAAGACGACGACUUCGUCGAUCACGAUGGCCGCCAAGAUAGUAGCGGUUUUUCGGAGAGUAACAGCAGCGAGAAAACGCCGUCGUUUGCAAAGACUCUGACUCAGUCCGAUGCUAACAACGGUGGAGGGUUCUCUGUUCCGCGUUACUGCGCGGAGACGAUCUUCCCGAGGUUGGAUUACAACGCUGAGCCACCAGUUCAGACCAUUCUCGCCAAGGAUGUUCACGGAGACGUGUGGAAGUUCAGACAUAUCUACAGAGGCACACCGCGUCGACACCUUCUCACGACCGGUUGGAGUAACUUCGUGAACCAGAAGAAGCUCGUGGCUGGAGACUCCAUCGUGUUCAUGAGAGCUGAGAACGGAGAUCUCUGCGUAGGGAUCAGGAGAGCUAAGAGAGGAGGAAUCGGUGGUAACGGACCUGAGUAUUCAGCGGGUUGGAACCCUAUUGGUGGAAGCUGUGGCGGCUACUCUUCUCUUUUGAGGGAUGAUAGUAGCUCUUCUCUUGCGGAUAGGAAAGGGAAAGUGACGGCUGAGUCUGUUGUGGAAGCGGCCGCGCUUGCUGUUAGCGGGAGAGCUUUCGAAGUUGUGUACUAUCCUAGGGCUAGCUCGUCUGAGUUUUGCGUCAAGGCGUUGGAUGCUAGGGCUGCGAUGAGGAUUCCUUGGUGCUCAGGUAUGAGGUUUAAGAUGGCGUUUGAGACGGAAGAUUCUUCUAGGAUUAGUUGGUUUAUGGGGACUGUUUCAGCUGUUAGUGUCUCUGAUCCUAUCCGUUGGCCUAACUCUCCUUGGCGACUUUUACAGGUGGCGUGGGAUGAGCCUGAUCUACUCCAAAACGUGAAGCGGGUUAACCCGUGGUUGGUCGAGUUGGUAUCCAACGUACAUCCGAUGCCACUCCCUUCCUUUUCGCCGCCGAGGAAAAAGAUGAGGCUUCCUCAGCAUCAGGAUUACAACAACACUCGGAUCUCAGUACCUUCUUUCCCAAGCAAUCCUCUUAUCAGAUCAUCAAACCCGUUAAGCUCUGUUCUGGACAAUGUUCCCGUGGGUUUACAGGGAGCCAGGCAUAAUGCUCAUCAGUACUACGGGCUAUCAUCUUCUGAUCUCCACCAUUACUACUUAAACCGACCUCCUCCUCCUCCUCCUCCUCCUCCAUCAUCAACUCCUCUAGGGUUUCGAAACAUUGAUAGCAAAAACGAGAAAGGGUUUUGCUUCUUGACUAUGGGAACGUCACCGUGCAGUGAUACAGAAUCUAAGAAGUCACACAUCGUGUUGUUCGGAAAGCUCAUAUUACCCGAGGAGCAGAAAGGGUCAACGGACGCAGAGAAGACGCAGAUCCCACCAGGUUGCUCUAACAAGGCUCAUGACGCAUUGGGUUUGGAGACAGGGCAUUGUAAAGUGUUUAUGGAGUCGGACGAUGUGGGUCGAACCUUAGACCUGUCGGUUCUUGGUUCGUACGAAGAGUUGAGUAGGAAACUCUCUGACAUGUUUGGUAUUCAAAAGUCUGAGAUGUUGAGCUCUGUUCUCUAUAGGGAUGCAUCAGGAGCCAUCAAAUACCCAGGAAAAGAACCUUUCAGUGAGUUCUUGAAGACAGCUCGGAGAUUGACGAUUCUGACUGAGCAAGGAAGCGAGAGCGUUGUAGUAUAAGUGGGUUGAGUGUUUUUCUUGGAGCUUGGAAGUCAAAGCUUCAAGCCUGCAGUUUCUUUCUUUUUUUAAAUAUUUAUUUUGGUUCCAUUAUUUUGGAUUAUGUAAUUUUCGAAAUAUACAGUCAAUCUAUUUGCAAAUAAAAUAGAUUUAUCAUUUCUUGAUAUGAUGUCAAUUUAUUUACAAAAUGUAAAUCUAUUGAUUAUAGCUUUGUACAACUAAAACCUGGUGAUCGAAUUAAUCUUUAAAUAGCUUUUUUCUUU